AUGCCUUUGUGCUAUGCUGUUACUGAUCUAUAUGAGCUGGGGAAAGAAGACUGCGUCCCAUUUGGUUGGAUUGCCGAGUUUGGCAACACGCUAAUUAGACUAUUGAAGCAAAGACAGAAGGAGGAUGUAACAUACGAUUGCAAAGGUGCAGAUGUAGCUGCAGAUCUUUUGAAGAGUGGUGCUCCUAUGCCAUUUUUUACCAGGCAUUCCGCAGGUGCAUUUUACUACAAUGAAAGCUGUGGUUCUCCAUGUGAAUUACCUGAGCCAAUCGAUCUUGCACGUAACUGGACCAAAAAUAAUGAGGCUACUGUGUACACGGUCGGAUGUGCCUACAAGAGGAAGAGGUAUCAUCAUGGUGGAGAGUAUAGGGUCCUCAUUUACUGUUUCUUAGACUUCAACAAAUCUUUAGAAACCUACACAGAGUUUAAAGAGGAGUUCGAAAAAAUGAGUGCUUCAAUGCAAUAA